CAGUGGGUAACCAGGCUUCUCAGCCACGACUGCGAAACUGCAAAACAUGGAUCCAGGCAAUCUGGAGCUGGAUCCAUGCCUCAUGCCUGGCUUUGGGCAGCUUUUGCUUCAAGCUCUAUCCUUGUUCGAAUUCCUCGCCAUGGCGAUGCAUUCCGGCGUGGCGAUCGUGCCCGCCAUUGCGCUGGUCGCGGUGUCCAUGUGGUACCGGCCUGCCACGCCCAGCAGCUUCUCCGGCACCAAGAGUCUGUCCAUGAUCCAGCUGAAGCCAGAGCUCAAGCAGCAGGUCUCUGUGGAGAUGGAGCAGACGCCCUACACCCCUGCGUUUGAGCAGCUGCGCAUGCCAGGAGCAGGCGCCGGCAGCGGCGCUGCCAGCGGCUGCCCGCACCAGGGGCCCGGGCUCUCGCCCUUUGCGGACUUCCUGGCUUCUCGGAACCCAACGUCUGAUCUGACCAUCAGCAGCGGCUCCUAUCUGCUGUCGGACUCGGCGAACCUGGGCUCGUUGACGGUGGCCAGUGGCGCCGAACUGGUGGUGGCGCCCAACGUGGAUUUGUCGCUCCGCGCUUUGUACGUGGAAGGAACUCUCCGCAUGGGCUCUGCGACGUGCCCUUUAAGCGGCGUCACAGUGACCUUCACCGGGGCUGGCGAUAAAGGCGCCAGGUCCUCUAACCCGUUGGAGACCAAGGGUCUGGUGGUGGGCGACGGCGGGCUGCUGGAGGUCUUCGGCGUGCGGUACGCGCCCACCUGGACGCGGCUCAGCGCCCAGGCGCAAGCGGGGAGCAGCACGCUGCAGCUCAUGGACGAGGUGGACUGGCAAGUGGGGCAGCAGAUCGUGGUUAUCACCACCGCGUGGACCGAUGAUCCGGACGAUCAUCAGAACGAGGUGCGGGAGAUCACCGCGGUCAGUGGCUCGCAGGUGACGAUCUCAGAGCCGCUGCAACAUGAUCACUACGGCGGGCCGGAGUAUUUUGCUGAAGUGGCGCUGCUCUCGCGCAGCAUCACGUUCCAAGGAGAUGAGGCCAGCGAGGGGAGUCGCUAUGGGGGCCACUUCAUGUGCAUGGGCAGCGCGGUGUGCCGAGUGGCCGGCGUUUUGGCCUACCGCAUGGGCCAGGAGAACGUCAUGGGCAGGUAUGCCUUCCACUUCCACAUGAUGGGGGACGUGGCAGGCGAGUCCUUCUUCGAGGACAACGCGGUGCGGCACAGCUUCUUCCGCGCCUUCACGAUCCACGGCACCUCCUCCUCCCGGGCCUCGCGGAACGUGGCCUACGACGUCUCCGGCAGCGCCUACUACUUGGAGGAUGGCAUUGAGGAGAACAACCUCUUUGACUACAACCUGGCCGCCCGGGUGAGAAUCAUCGAUCAGCUCAGCGACUACGGCGGAGGUGGACAAGGCGGCGUCACAGUGCACACGCAGCCAAGCCGUAUCGUGCCGACAGAUGCCACGGCCGUGGGCUUCUACUGCACCAACGCCAAGAACAGGUGGAUCGGGAACUCCGCCAGCGGGGGCUUCUCGGGUUUCCACUUCCCCGCGGUGCCAAAGGUCUUGGGCCUCAGCUACGCCGCCAACCCCAACUACGCGCCGGACGAAAUGGAGCUGAUCGAGUUCGACUCCAACACUGCGCACUCCUCAGGCCGGCUUUGGAGCCGGGGCGCGUGUAUGUACGUGGGCGGCAAGCUGUGGGAAAAUAACCCGGGCUCCUCCGAUUACAGCUACGUGAGCGGGCGGUCGACCGCACGCAUGUCCGGGCGCUUCAUCAUGACGAGGACCAAGGUCUUCGCCUGCAAGAAGGGCUUCCUCUUCUGGGGCGCCCACUACACCGCGCGGCUGCCGCACCUGGCCCUCGAGGGCUACGAGGCCCACGACGUCUCCCGCAGCUCCUCGCAGCUGGGGGACACCUACAUGUUGAAGGGUGUGAUCAGCGCCCAUACGGGCAACAUGGCGUCGGACCUUCCGACGAAAGCAGAUGGCUUCGAGCUCUACGACACCGACAUGCAGACCAUCCUGGCGGAUCUCACCUUCCGCAACUUCGACCGCCCCGGGGACGUGGCGAUCAUGGACAUGACGCACAGCAACAUCUACAAGCCCCAGGGCAUGUUCCACUCUCGUGCCAUUUACUUUGAGGGCACGCCCGUGGCGCAGCGAUUGCGUCACGUCUUUCGCCUGGCCUGUGAGAGCUACCACUCGGAUACCUGCACCCGGAACUGCAACUUUUGCCCCGGCACCGCCGGCUCAUCGCAGAUCGCCAAUAUCGUCGAUGCGGACGGCUCCCUCAUCGGCUGGUCUGAGCCGGCCAUUCUGGGGGCCGACGACACGGACGCGGAGACGGACGGGCGCACCAACGAGUGGUGGCGCGUGGAGGACGGCUGCACCCAGAACACGGACUGGGGCUUCUGGCUGUGCCCCACACAUGGGCACCGGUCUGUGGUGAGCCUUUUCCUCAUGAAGGGCAUUUUGUCCACGGCCGCCCAGCGUAUCAGCUCGAACACUGUGGUGGGGAUGCUGUACCACUUCGGCAGGCCCGAGCGGCACUUGGAUGUGGGCCUGGCCGAGAGCCCCAUGGUCUCUGGGAUCUGCUGCGACGUCGGAUGGUUCCUGCACGUGGACGCAGGCGCCUUGCCGGAGCUGACCAUCACCUUGGACCAGAUGGUGGAUGCCGGAGGCUUGGUCUUCGCCACGGCCUACCCCAUCGGCGCCAGCUUCACAGUGCAGCGAUGUACACCCCACUGCAGUGCAGUGACUCAAGGCUCCAGCCUGCAAGAAGUCAUGGCUGCUCCGGGCACGGUGUACUACGUGGACAGCGAGGGCCGCCUCUUCUUGAAGUUCCUUUACGAAGACAACGGCUACUUCGAGGCCGCGGGCGUGCGGCAGCUGCUGAACGGGCACCGCUACCUCGCCGGCAAGGGCGUGCGCUACACGGUGAAGAGCUCCCGCUCCGGCGCGGUGCCGCUGAAUCUGCCGCCGCCGCUCUCGGGGGGCGCAGCGCCCAGCACGACCACGGGGAGCACCACCCAGUGGUCCCUGACCACCACAGUAUCCACCACGACGGUGGAUAUGAGCCACUGCUCUCCAAACCACGGAGGAUGCAUGUCAACGCUGUGCUGUCAAAGUCCGGGCUGGCUGUGCUACAAGAAAGACGAUUAUUGGGCCCAGUGCCGCAACAACUGCGUGCCGGGGAUUCUGGAGGGCGACCCCCAGCCGACGCCCUGGACCUGCGAAGUGCUCAGUACAACGCUGACCACAACAGCGGCGACCACGGUUUCGACGACAACUGCGGCCCCUACCACCACUGCAAACCCCACAACGACUGCGGCAACGACCACACCUGCAACCACCACCGCGACCAUGACGACAGCGAUUUCGACGACCACAACUACGACAGCAGCGACGACGACGACAGCAGCUACGACGACGACAGCAGCGACGACGACAGCAGCGACGACGACGACAGCUACAACGAAACCCGUGUCUUGUACUUCUCAAUGGGGGAAUUGUUUGAAGAGCAAGUGCUGUUCUGUUGCAAGCAACAGUUGCUACGAGAAAGACCGGUGGUAUGCGCAGUGCAAGAAUGAUUGCACAGCAGGAAACGGGUGGUCGUGCAAAGUACUUUCCACUACGACAACGAUGACGACCACAACCACAACUACGCCCACGACCACCACCACCACGACAACUACCACCACUACCACCACUACCACCACUACCACCACUACCACCACGACCACGACCACCACCAUGACCACAACCACCACAACCACCACUACCACCACUACCACCACUACCACCACUACCACGACCACCAUGACCACUACCGCUACCACGACCAGUACCACGACCACUACUUCGACCACUGCAGCCGCAACAUCCAAAACAUUUGUUGCGGUUGAUGGAGGCGAGGGUCGUGCGUGCCGCGGCGACUCGCCAAACGACAACCACGCCGGCUACUUCAGCAUCGUGGACGGGGCGGUGACGCUGGAGGUCUGCCAAGAGAAGUGCAGGGCGACGGCCGGCUGCACUGGCAUCGAGCACAACGUCGGAGGGCGCUGCGAAAUCUGGACGCGGCCGGAGGGUGUCCAAGCAUCCGUGUCGCUGGCAAAUUACCAGUGCUUCAGCUACCGCUACGCGGGCAGCUUCGAGCCCGUGGACGGCGGGGCGGACCGCGUCUGCCGGGGCACGCAUUCGUCGGACAACCGUGCCAGCUACUACCUCAUGCGUCAGGCCGGGUCUUUGCAGAGCUGCCGGGGUCUUUGCACGCUGACGGCAGGAUGCGUUGGCGUGGAGUUCCACGCUUCCGGGCGCUGCGAGGUCUGGGUGCGCCCCGAGGGCAUCGGAGCCAGCAAGGAGCUCGCUGGCUACACCUGCCUUCGCUUCAUUCCCUCCUAGGACUAGAGGUUGGUUUAGCGACUUGGUUUCACAUCUGGUUGUUCUGGUUUUGGGUUUGUUUGGUUUUGAGCUUUCUUUGGUGUCC